GAUAUGUGGAUGAAUACUUUUCAUCUUGUGUUUAUUCGGUGUUUAGACGACUGGGUUCGUGCCGUUCACGUUUUAUCCAGCCGGGGGCGACGGCGAGCCUGUCUCUCACUUUCUGUGGCCGUAGAAGAAGAAGCGUCGCCAAACUCCGCUCAGCUUCAGCACCAGCGGGCUCUUCCGUCCUCCUCGCCUCCCCUCCCUCCCGCGCGCUCUUCCGUCCUCCUCGCCUCCCCUCCCCUCCCCGCCUUCGCCUCCACUGCGGAACAUCGGUCCGGUCGAAUUUCCGAACCGUCCUCCGCCUUCGCCAGGGCAGCCAGCGCACAGCCACCCGGCCCGGGGUCACCAUGGACAACAGCGGCAAAGAGAAGGAGGCCAUGCAGCUCAUGGCCGAAGCCGACAAGAAGGUCAAAUCGUCCGGCUCGUUUCUCGGCGGAAUGUUCGGCGGAAACCACAAGGUGGAGGACGCCUGCGAGAUGUACGCCCGGGCGGCCAACAUGUUCAAGAUGGCAAAGAACUGGAGCGCUGCCGGCAACGCGUUCUGCCAGGCGGCCCGGCUCCACAUGCAGCUUCAGAACAAACUGGACUCGGCCACCAGCUUCGUGGACGCGGGCAACGCUUACAAGAAGGCCGACCCGCAGGAGGCCAUCGCUUGUCUCAAUCAAGCCAUCGACAUCUACACCGACAUGGGUCGCUUCACCAUCGCCGCCAAACAUCACAUCACCAUCGCCGAGAUCUACGAGUCGGAGCUGGUCGACAUCGAGAAGGCCAUCGCCCACUACGAGCAGGCGGCCGACUAUUACAAAGGAGAAGAGUCGAACAGCUCGGCCAACAAGUGUCUGCUGAAGGUGGGCCACUACAGCGCCCAGCUGGAGCAGUACCAGAAAGCCAUCGAGAUCUACGAACAGGUGGCCAUGAGCACAAUGGACAAUCCGCUGCUGAAGUACAACGCCAAGGAGUACUUCUUCAAGGCUUCGCUGUGUCACUUCAUCGUGGACGAGCUCAACGCCAAGUUGGCCAUCGAGAAGUAUGAGGAGAUGUUUCCCGCCUUCUCAGAUUCAAGAGAGUUGAAACUGCUCAAGAAACUUCUGGAGGCCCACGAGGAGCAGAACAGCGAGGCGUUCACCGAGGCCGUCAAGGAGUUCGACUCGGUGUCCCGCCUGGACCAGUGGCUCACCACCAUGCUGCUGCGCAUCAAGAAGACCAUCCAGGGGGACGCCGGAGACCUGAAAUAGAACAAAGGAGGCCAGCAGGGGGGAGGGACGACUUUUAACGGCCAACGGGCUGAACUUGUACAUAUCGGUCUGCAUGUGACACCCCCCCCCCCCCCUACCAAGAAGCUAAGCAUCAGCUGUAGACCGCCCCUGUGUGUCCCUCUUCACACACACACACACACAGUAUUGUAACAGUGAGAACGUACUGUAUGAAUGAACGUGUGCGCUGAUUAUGUGAUGAGAAAAACUGAGCAAAUGACAAGGAACACACACACACGCACACAUAUAUGUUUAUGAUAACAUUUAUCGUCCAAAUGGAAACUAUUUGUUGUUUAUUAUGGCGCUCAGUGUUCAUAUAUUUUAGCAAUUAGCCCCCCCCCCCCCCGGUUUUGUUUUUGCGUCCCCCGUGUGACAUCCUCGCCCAGCGCCCGUUUGUGCAUGUCUGUGCUCGUGUGGGUGUUGACGUGUUCGCCGUGUCGUGCCGACGUGUCGGGGGAACGCGCGCGCCCCAGUAGUCUGCCGUCAUUCCUUGGUGUGCAAUGGGUGAAAAUCGAUCUUGAAAUAAAGACGUCAUCAUGCCA